AGGCGUGUUUCCGGAAGACGUGGCUAGUGCUACAGUGGCAGCUGUUGUAAUAGUACUUGGAUUUUAGUACAAUACAAUUAACAGUGUCAACUUGUACAUUUUACAAGUUGUUGAUUCAUUGCCAAAAUGAUCUCUCUAACGGACUCACAGAAGAUUGGAAUGGGACUUACAGGCUUCGGUGUGUUUUUCCUCUUCUUUGGAAUGAUCCUGUUUUUUGACAAAGCCCUCCUUGCAAUAGGAAAUAUCUUGUUUGUGGCUGGCCUGUCGUUUGUGAUCGGUCUGGAGAGGACAUUCCGCUUCUUCUUCCAGAAACACAAGAUGAAGGCCACCAGCUUCUUCCUGGGAGGAGUGUUGAUUGUUCUUAUAGGCUGGCCCAUUGUGGGAGUGGUCCUGGAGGUCUAUGGCUUUUUCCUUUUAUUCAGGGGUUUCUUCCCAGUGGCAGUAGGCUUCAUCAGAAGGAUACCCAUCCUGGGCUCCCUGCUAAACCUCCCAUUCAUCAGUGGGCCUUCGUAAUUAACUCUGAGGACAAUCCGCAGUCUUGUUUGUGGACAAAGUGGGAGAGAGCAACACCAUGGUAUAACAGUGACUUUUUGUUUAUGAAGAAAAUAAAUCUCUAUUAUAUUUAUGAUACAGUAGUUCUGAUAAAGCCACUUAACCCCCAUUGGUCAAUUGCUUACUUCCAACAGUUAGCUAGGUCAUUUUCAUGAGACUUUGUAUAUGAAGACCUCUUCCCAUUUUAAAGGGAAAACGGUCUGCUUUUUGUAUCUUGAUUCUGCAAUUUUAAGGUCCGUACCAGUCCUGGUUGCUACGGGCAACUGUUACUAAUGAAUCUGGAGUUGGUUACGAUGGCUACCCCAGAAUGUUUUACAUGUCGUUGUUGAAUGCUGCUCUCCUCUACUGGAGAACUCCCCACGAGGAGGAGAGUCCCUCUAACGGACUGAAGAGAAGCAUUUUGGCUCUCUUACUCUACUAUUGAAUGUGCAGACAAACUCACCAUGUCAUCUCCUCUGAAGAUAGCCUCUGGACAACCUCAGAAGAGGUAGAGCUGGUCCCAUUGUUACAUUGUAGAUGGGGCCAGGGGGUUUUCCUAGUGCUGUGCCGUCUUGCCAAAAAUGAACUAGGAGUUAGCAAGAUGGCACAAACAGAUCUUAGACCAUAUUAGGGUUUCCUGACCAUAUGACCAGGGAAAGCUCAAAGCCAUAGUUAUAGGUGGUUUCCUGGUCAGGUAUUGGAAAGACUCCUGGUCCUACUUAUGGUGCCUGUGCUUUCUCUCACUGGACUAAAACUUGAGUCCUGUGGAAGAAAAUAGCUUUACUUUCCUUUUCUCUCACGCCUGUUAUGAGUACCAGAUCUGGCAGUUGCAUAUUUUCCCCUUAUAUUUCUGUAAUUUCUGUGUAUGACUGGAUGAGAACUUCUGUAGAUUUUUUUUUUUUAAUUAAAGAGCAACAUUUGAGUUGGAAUUGUAUCAAUCUAAACUAUAGGAAUGGAGGGAACUGAAUGGAAUGAUUACAUGUGAAAUGACAAUGGUUUGACAAUGUUUUGUCUGACACUUUUGUAAUUACACUUUUCUUUUUUUUAAACUUGUGUUGUGCCGUUGUCUGUCAUUCAUUGUGUUUUGAUUGUGACAAAUUGCAAAUAUACUGAACAAAAACAUAAAAGCAACAUCUUAAGUGUUGGUCCCAUGUUUCAUGAGCUGAAAUAAAAGAUCCCAGAAAUGUUC